AUGGCUCGGAAACAUCAGCUAAGAGAGGAGCUGUCACCGCGAUUUUGGCCUGGGAAGCUGAACGGUCAAGAAGUGUAUGAGGCAACGAUUGACGAUCUUCAACGCCAUUUAUCAAACAGGAACUUCACAUCCGUUGACGCCAGUGUCUGGCUAGAUGUCUGUCGCAGCGAUGACUCUAAUAUCGAUCAGGUCGAUCCUUAUCUCAAAUCAGUCAUUGAGGUAAACCCGGAUGCUAUCAGCAUUGCGGCGAAUCUCGACGAGGAAAGAAGACAUGGCAACCUCCGAAGCAGCCUCCAUGGGAUACCAGUACUGGUCAAGGACUAUUGUGCCCAGAGAUGCUCACGUUAUAAAACUCCUGAGGACGCUGGACCCAUCAUCCUAGGCCAUACCAACAUGUGCGAGUGGGCUUUUCUACGAUCCACGGAUUGCUCCUCUGGAUACUCAGCUCGCGGCGGUCAAACCCGCAAUCCAUAUGACCUUGCCAAGGGGCCCAUGGCCUCAAGUGGCGGAUCGGCUGUGGCUGUAUCUGCGAAUAUUGUGCCUCUUGCUCUCGGGACUGAGACGGAUACGUCAAUCAUCAACCCUGCGGGCAUCAAUGGUGUUGUUGGUAUUAAGCGUACUGUGGGGCUGACAUCCCAAAGUGGAGUGAUACCCAUCAGCAAAACCCUUGACGCCGUCGGACCUUUAGGACACGAUGUGGUGGAUGCAGUUCACGGAUUGAACGUUAUAGCCGGUGCAGAUGGGAGAGAUUCCUUCAGCAUAUCAUUUGUGAGACGUCGAGACGAAGACUACUACCACUUCUUAUCUUCAAAAGCUGUCCUGAAAAGAGCCAAAUUCGGCUUGCCUUGGAAAGGGUGUUGGGAGUUCGUACCUCGUGAUCUGAAGCAAGUCUGUCAGAAGGUCUUCGAUGCUAUCGAGAAGCACGGAGGUGAGGUACUCCGUACAGAAUUCCCCUGCGCAAAUGAUCGGAUAGCAAGGAACGGACGCUGGGGCUGGUGCCUUGGCAGCCCUGACAAGCGGGAGUCGACAGUCACCGAUAUAGACGCCUACAACGAGAUCACAGCAUCCCUUGCAGAACUCAGCGGAACAUCUAUCAAAACUUUCGAAGAUAUUGUCGACUACAACGACGAACAUGCUGCAGCGGAGGGAGCGAAUCCCGGGGACAACCCAGGCUUUGCAUCCGGGCAGGUAGGACACGUUCCUGAUUUCCGAUGGAUUGCGCCGAGUAUAGUAGCCGCAACCGAAGGCCGAGAGACCGAAACCUACCACAGAGCUCUGGCAUACGUUCAACACACCUGCCGUGACCACGGUAUCGAUGCUGCCCUCAAACACACCACCUCUAACGGCGAGGCUAUCGAGCUAGAUGCCUUACUUCUCUGUGACUGUCUAGGCGUAGGACAGCAGAUCGCAGCUCAAGCAGGAUAUCCGAUAAUCACCAUCCCCAUUGGACUCGACCCCACCGGGAUCCCUAUUGGACUGUCGCUGCAGCACCGAGCCUGGCAGGAGGGCACUUUGGUCAAAUGGGCGAGCGCAAUUGAGGAUCUCGUGGCCAAUGAGCUCGGAAUGGGUCGGGAGCCGCCACGAUUUCGAAACCAUGGAGCGAAUAGUAUUCCGGUUGAUUAUCCGUGGUGA